AUGCAGUCCGAUGUCAACCGGCUGAAGAUUGCCAAUAGGCGGGAUGUCGGUGCCAGUAUAUUUGCCCUCGUCUAUGACUGGCUCCAAAGCAACGAGAAGUGGAUGGUGAUUCUGGACAAUCUGGACGACGAUGGGUUUCUCCAUGAGCGCCGAUCACCCAGUCUUGAUGGCCAGAAAGCAGACCGAAGCAGCGCUGCGGAGCGCCCGCUUGUGUCAUUCCUACCUCGGGGCUCAAAGGGAACAAUGAUUAUCACCACUAGAAGCAGAGAUUCCGCGUUGAGAAUUGUCGAUCACAACAAGUUGAUCGAGGUCCUUCCGAUGGACACGCCGAACGCCGUAGCGCUCCUGCGUACGAAGUUGCAACUACCAGCCGAAGGAAUGGACCUCAAGAGGCUGGCUAAAGCGCUUGACCACAUGCCACUAGCGAUUGUGCAAGCAGCAGCAUAUAUCAGACGCAGGUCACCUCGAUACUCGGUCCCUCGUUUUCUCCAUGAGUUCGAAGGGAGCGAUGAAAAAGGCUCAAAGCUCCUGUGCUAUGAAGCUGGUCAUUCCCAGCGAGAUAGAGACGCUACAAACCCCAUCUUACUUAGUUGGCAGAUGUCUUUUGAUCAUAUCCAGAAGCUCAGAAGCUCAGCAGCAAGUCUACUAUCCCUGAUGAGCUUUUUUGACCGCAACGGAAUUUCGGAAAAUUUUCUUCGACUGCCAUCACAAGUUGCUGCUUGGCCUCACGAUCAUGCAGAUAAAGCCCUAGGUUCAGCCGAGCACGCUGAAGCAGAAUACAAUGCGGCUCUAGGAUUCAGCGACGACGUUGCUCUCUUGAAAGACUUCUCUUUCAUUUCUAUCCACCAGAAUACGCAUGUGCUGAUGAUGCAUCGACUUGGUCAAUUAAACGACACGCCAAUGGCUAGAGAACCGCGGGGAAGGUGA